UAUACAAACUAUAGUAUUAAAUAAACAUUAUAGUAUUAGGUUACAUAAACACUAUAGUAUUAGGUUACAUAAACACUAUAGUAUUAGGUUACAUAAACACUAUUGUAUUAGGUUACAUAAACACUAUAGUAUUAGGUUACAUAAACAUUAUAGUAUUAGGUUACAUAAACACUAUAGUAUUAGGUUACAUAAACACUAUAGUAUUAGGUUACAUAAACACUAUAGUAUUAGGUUACAUAAACACUAUUGUAUUAGGUAA